CAAGACCAAAAACCCUAACCAGCAUUAACUGUACUCCCUUUUCUUCCCCAUUUCUUCUGUAGAUCGAAAAGGAACCCUAGAAAUGGCUUUCCUCUCCCGCAUCCGUACAUCGUCAUCUCUCCUCCGAAACCUUCCUUCUCCUCCGCCUCACACCCGCCAUCUCUCCGCCUCCCCGUCGGCGAUUCUCUCGCCGGACUCCAAGACUCCGCUCACCAGCAAGCAGAAGAGCCGCGCUGCUCUCUCCCUCCUCAAGUUCGAGAAGGACCCUGAUCGCAUCAUCGAGAUCUGCCGCGCCGCUGAGCUCACGCCGGAAUCCCAUCUCGACCGCAUCUCCUUCUCCCACGCUGUCGAGGCUCUUGCGAAGGAGAAACAGUUCGCCGCUGUGUCGCAGCUCCUCGAUGGGUUCAUUCAGACCCGACCCGAUCUCAAAUCAGAACGCUUCGCUUCUCACGCCAUCGUUCUGUACGGUCAGGCGAAUAUGCUCGAUCACGCUUUACGGACGUUCUGUGAGCUUGAGCAGCUCGGGAUUCGUAGGACGGUGACGUCUCUGAAUGCUCUUAUUUUUGCGUGCUUAGUGGCUAAGGAUUACAAAGAAGCGAAACGGGUCUACAUCGAGAUGCCGAAGAUGUAUGGCAUUGAGCCUGAUCUUGAAACUUAUAACCGCAUGAUCAAAGUGUUCUGCGAAUCAGGGUCUGCAAGCUCGUCCUAUUCCAUCGUUGCAGAGAUGGAAAGGAAAGGGAUACAGCCGACGAGGACGAGUUUCGGGCUCAUGAUUGCUGGUUUUUACCAGGAGGACAAGCGUGAUGACGUCGGAAAAGUGUUGCAGAUGAUGAAAGAACGCGGGCUUAGUGUCGGUGUCAGUACAUACAACAUAAGGAUUCAGAGUUUGUGUAAACGGAGGAAAUCCGCAGAGGCGAAGGCUCUACUUGAUGGGAUGUUGUCUAGUGGGAUAAAACCGAAUUCUGUGACAUAUUGCCAUUUGAUUCACGGGUUUUGCAGGGAAGAUAAUCUGGAUGAGGCGAAGAGAUUGUUUAAGACAAUGGUGAACAGGGGAUGCAAGCCGGAUAGCGAAUGCUACUUCACCCUGAUAUAUUACUUGUGCAAAGGUGGGGACUUUGAGACAGCCUUGAGCCUUUGUCGGGAGAGUAUGGAGAAGAAUUGGGUUCCUGGUUUCACCAUCAUGAAGUCUCUUGUUAACGGGCUUGCAAGCAGUUCAAAGGUUGAUGAGGCAAAGGAGCUCAUUGCACAAGUAAAGGAGAAGUUUUCGAGGAACACCGAGUUGUGGGAUGAAGUUGAAGCUGCUUUGCCUCAAUGAACAAUGAUGAGAGUUAGUUUCGAAAUUAGGCUUUGGAGUUCAGAGAUUGGUAAUCAUAAAGCAAUCCUUCUUUGAAAUUUUCAAAUCUUUGUUGUUUCACUCAAAUCUGUGUUUGGAAGUUUUGCUUGUCGAUGAUGAAUAAUUUGUUGCUGGUCAGCUGGUAAUACUCUCUUUAGCAAUCUGGGUAACUGGAAAUUUCCCAGGCACUGUACA